AUGAAUUCUGUCAAUAUCUACGCAGCUGUUGCUGCUAUAUUUUUUCUCCUUAUGAUCUCUUGCCAAGCGCAAUUGUCUUCUACGUUUUACGAUACCACAUGUCCGAAUGCGCUCAGUACGAUCCGAACUUCCAUUAGACAAGCCGUGUCGAACGAGCGUAGGAUGGCUGCGUCUCUCAUUCGUCUCCAUUUUCACGAUUGCUUUGUUCAGGGAUGUGAUGCUUCGAUACUGUUAGACGAUGCCACGGGCAUUACCAGUGAGAAAACGGCGGGGCCUAAUAGUGGUUCGGUAAGAGGUUUCGAAGUCAUAGACGCUGCGAAGAGCGCGGUGGAGAAUAUAUGCCCUGGAGUUGUUUCUUGCGCCGACAUCCUUGCGGUGGCGGCUCGUGAUUCAUCGGUCGCGGUGGGUGGUCCUUCAUGGACAGUGAAGCUUGGGAGGAGAGAUUCGACAACUGCAACUCGAUCACUGGCAGAAAGUAAUCUUCCUAGCUUUAGGGACAGCCUUGAUACACUUAAAUCCACCUUCAGUGGCAAAGGACUUAAUGAAAGAGACAUGGUGGCUUUAUCAGGUGCACACACAAUUGGGCAGGCACAAUGUCGAGUAUUCCGUGAUAGAAUAUACAGCAAUGGGACCGACAUUGAUGCUGCUUUCGCCAGCACCCGUCAACGCCAAUGCCCUAGAAGCGGUAAUGACGGGAAUUUAUCACCACUCGAUUUGGAGACGCCCAAUUCAUUUGACAACAAUUAUUACAAGAAUUUAAUCCAAAGGAGGGGUUUGUUAGAAUCUGAUCAAGUUCUUUUCGGUGGAGGAUCAACGGAUACUAUUGUGACUCAAUAUAGCAACAAUCCUCGUACUUUCUCGUCAGACUUUGCUGCUGCCAUGAUCAAAAUGGGAGACAUUGAACCCCUUACCGGUCAAAAUGGGAUUAUAAGAAGGAUUUGUAGCGCCGUAAACUAA